CACAUACGAUUUCCCUGAUGCCAAAGGAACUUUCCAGGUUCCAGGUGUAAAUUGAAGUAAUUGCCCUGAAGUGUUAUUAUUGCAACGAUUUGCACAGAAAGUAUUUUUAUAUUAUGCAUCAACACUCAUUACAAUAAACAGUCAGUUGACUUUAAUGUAAGCAAGUUGCUCUGUAAGAUCUGAAUGCUCAUAUAUGUGACCUUGGACCACAAAACCAUUCAUAAGUGUCAAUUUUUCGAAAUUGAUACUUAUACAUCAUCUGAAAGCUGAAUAAAUAUGCUUUCCAUUGAUGUAUGGUUUGUUAGGAUCGGACAAUAUUUAGCUGAGAUGCAACUACUUGAAAAUCUGGAGUCUGAGGGUGCAAAAAAAUCAAAAUACAGAGAAAACCGCCUUUAAAGAUGUCCAAAUUAAGUUCUUAGCAAUGCAUAUUACUAAUCCAAAAUUAAGUUUUGAUAUAUUUACGGUAGGAAAGUUACAAAAUAUCUUCAUGGAACAUGAUCUUUACUUAAUAAUACACAGCAAAAUCACCAGAGUUAAAAUCCUGGUGUUAUGGUGUUUUAGAGUAAAGUGUUAAUGUUAUGGUGUUGAAUUAACACGGAUGGUGUAAAAGGGAUACUCUGACUGGUGAAACUACUGAGAGUCUGUCCUCAUUAACACUGGUGGUAGUGCGAUUUUACAUUCGGGACAUUUACGUGGUGCCGGCUUCAACCAGCAAAAACUCUUCUUGCUGAUGCCAUUUUAUUUGAAUCGCCACCAGGAGCGAAGAAGCAUGUGUUUUUUUAACUGGAAACAUACAGAACGAUUAUUAUACAUUUAUAAUUGGAGAAGUGCAUAAAGUAAGUGAUGUAUUUCAUAAAGUUAUGUAAAUCAUUGUUUUCGAUCGAGUUUAGGGUUACUUAUAAAAGUCUGUUCAAAUUUAUUUGAUAUGGAUUAUAAUUCUUGACCUGGUUGAUUGAAACAACUAACAAAGGUAUUUAAUAGGUCAGUGUAAUUGAUUUUUUUAUUUAUUUGUACAUUUUGUUAAAUGUCAAGUUCGUGUAGCGUUGAGGGCUUGCUGUGCGCACUGAAAGUUUUCUCACAGAUGCCAUUUGCUUCGACUCACGUCGCAGACGAGGCCAGUGCUCCAGUGCUGGAAAUGUCGACGUUCAGGCUGCAGAGCAUAUAAGACGGCCUACGUUACGUUACAAACUGGGGAAAAAACGCAGAAGCAACCUCGUUUUCCCAGGAGGUCUCCCAUCCAGGUACUGACCAGGCUCAACCCUGCUUAGCUUCAGUGGGCAACCAGUCUUGGGCUGCAGGGUGAUAUGGCUGUAAGAUGAUGAUGAACGAACGACUCAAACCCGAAGACUUGUCAGAUAAGAGGUUAACGCCAUGUUUGUGAAAGUGCAGUUCAAAGACUCCAAGAAAUUCAUAAAGUUGCAGAAUGGAUUCACUUAUACAGAUUUCAUAAAUGUAGUGCGAAGCAGAUUUGAUUUACAGACUGGAGCAGACUUGAGGAUGUAUGAUGAGUCCCACAUUGAAAUUGAUCAAGACAUUUUGGAAGAGUUGCUAGAAGCAAACCCAAAAUCAACACAAAUCAUAAAAGAUCAUAGUGAAGAGGAAGCAGCCAGCUCUUGCACAGAUACACUGACAAGUCAUUCAUUUAGUGAACAAGAUGUGCCCUCUGAAAGACGUUCCAAAAGGCUCAAAACAUCACAGCAAGAUGACAGAGUUGGAGCAGCGGAGGAGCAAAGAUCAGCAAAGGAGAUGGUGCUAGCUGCCUUAAAAGAAAAAUCAAAAGGAGAUGAAAUCCGUGAAGAGUACAAGGCCACCAAUACUUUGUCAAAUGAGAUGAGAAGAGCACUUGUCAACAUACUGGUGGGGCACAUGACAGAGAGACAGCUACAAGGGAGGAUUCCAACCCAGAAGCAGAGAGAGCACUAUGCCCUUGGAAUUGUGAAUUUGUUUCCAUCACUGAAAGACCCAUUUUCCAAGAAGGGAUAUGAGCACUUUUAUGAUGCAGCAAGUGGAAGUGCAAAUCUUGCUUGGUGUUUAAAAACCGUUCAAAGAAACAACUCUCGUCACACUGAAAGUAAGAAUAAGCCUAACUCUGAACAAGGAGGUCCAAACAUCAGGAGAGACAUUAGCUUAGAACAUCAGCUUGAGGGAGAUGCUCUUGUGGAGGCCAUUUCACUUCUUGCUCAUACAGGAGUUGAAGAAACCAUUUUUGAAAAGAUGAGACAGACAUUUCACCAGGAACUUGUUCACAAUGCAGAUAUGGCAACAAAUAUUCUAAAAACCUUUCCAAGGUUUUUAGACACCAAAGGAUUGGUGAACCAAGAUUUUGUUCUUCUGUUCGAUUUGGACACAUCCUCCAAGCUCUUGGAAAGGUGGGAUGGAACCUUUAAGCCAAAAAUCAUUCAAGAAGCAAGAAACUUGACUAAGACAUCUCCUGAGCAACGUCUCCUGAUGUCAGCUGAGAAAACCCCUGAGAAUGCCAAAGAUUCAUGUAGGCAAAAAUUGUCAAUAAAUCUGAUUAUAGUCAUGCUUUUUGUCGCAUUCCACACUAUAGAGUAUAUUGUUCCUUUUUUGUUGUUGCUGGGUUUUUUUUUUUUACCACAGACUGGGACAGUAAUUUAUCUACACUGCUUUUACUGGUUCACCCUCUUCCACCAUCUGCUGGGCGAAAGAUGGCUGCAAAAAUAAGUGCCUCUGAUGCAGUUGAGAAACUUGUGGUGUUUCAGAAGUCAUGCUGCAGCACGAUGAGCACCUGGGGAAAAGCCAAAGUCAUCAACCAUAUCUUCUAGCCAGGGGGAGGAGUCGAGACAAGAUUGACAGCUACUACAUUGCUCUGGAUAACAAGCUUAUUCCCUUGUCAGACG